AUGCGCGCUGCAGAGCCUGCCUGCCCUCGCGUGCUUCCCCCUCCCCCCAUCAAUUGUCGAAGGCGCAUGCGCCUAACUCCUGUUUGGAAAAUGGCGGCCAAGUUGGAGCCGCUGGCGGUCUCGGAGGAGGCGGCGGAGGGCGAGGGCGAGGGAUGCGCGGGGCAGACCAAACCUUUGAAGACUGAGGACUUGCUGACAAUGGUGAAAAAGCUGCAGAAAGAGGGAAGCCUGGAGCCACAGAUAGAAGAUCUGAUUAGCCGGAUUAAUGAGCUUCAGCAAGCAAAGAAGAAAUCCAAUGAGGAAUUGGUAGAAACUCAAGCUCUCUGGGAGACGCUGCACAGGGAAUUGGACUCUUUGAAUGGAGAGAAAGUACACCUAGAGGAGGUCUUGAGAAAAAAGCAAGAAGCGCUGAGGAUCCUUCAGCUGCACUGCCAAAAGAAGGAAAGCGAGGCUCAGAGGUCACACAUGGAAGAACAGCUGGAGGAUUUCAUGAGCCAGCACAAGGACCUCUGGGAAUUCCAGCAGGUCCUGGAGCGGCGACUGGCCUGGGAGAUUCGCGCGCUGCAGAGCAGCAAGGAGCAGCUGCUCACUGAAGAGAACUUAGCGAGGGCCAAGCUGGAGCAGGUGGAGCAGAGGCUGGGCUCUUCGCCUACGAUCCAGGGCGCCCUGGCAGUGAACGAAGCGCUGAAGGUGGAGCUGGAGAAAUCCGGGGGGCAAGUCCCCACCCAGACCCAGAGCCCCUCGGGCGACUGGGCCCACAAAGAAGAGCCCGACCCGGAGUCCCUGUGCGCCCGCCACGAGGAGGACCUGGAGCCGCUGGUGGAGGACCUGGAGCCGCUGGUGGAGCUGGCCCUGUGGUCCCCCUAGGCCAGUGGGACCCACCGAUCCCCAGCUUCAAGGCCCGACGAGAAAUAAAGGCAAUGAUUCAGACGGUCCUUCACCUCGCGGCCUGAGUCUGUGCUCCAGGAGUCCCGGGGGGUGCUGGAGAGGGGCGGGGCCGACUCGGGGGCGGGGCUCCACGCGCCAUGGGCGGGGCCUCGUCCGGACUCCGCCCCCAGGCCCGGCGGGUGCUCUCACCAGCUCAACACUGAAGGUUCCUGAGCAGCUCAGAGCGUCAAGUCCGCCCCAUCUCCACCGCUGCAUCUCCGGUUCCUGAACCGUCUGUUUUGCCAACACGAACAAGAGGAAACGUGUUAAAAACCCGCAUCAGGUCGUGUCGGAUUCCUGUGUUUCAGCGUAAAAUCCUAGAGUCCCUGCGUUCCCCACAGACUCCUGCUGACUGACCCCCUGGGCCUCUGAGACCUGCCGCCUACCUGGGCUCCCCCUCACACGUUAGGUUCUAGCUUUCCACCCUUGUCCUAGCACGUUGUCGUCUUAGAGCCUCUAUGCUGCCGGGCCCUCAUCUGGGGUGCUUUCCCUCAGGUCUCCUUGGGGCUUCUGCCCUCACUUAGCUGGGCUGUAUGUCAGCUACUCAGG